GCUUCAGAUUUCAACCCAUCGGAUACACAGUUUCGAGAUUUUCACAGCAAAAACAAACCAACGGAAUCAAAUCCCUAUGGGCGAGAUUAAGAUGGAGGACAUGCCGCUGCCGGCGCUGUUUGACCAAGCAAGGAAGAUCUACGCAACCGCCACUGAGUCUGGUGCUGACCAGGACCUCUUUGCCAUUUCCUAUAACUUGUUGUAAAGAGUCAGAUCGGAAACGAAUCUAAACCGUCCAAUGUAUAAAUUUAAAUCCUACGAUCUCAUAUCAUUCGUCACCGAUUUCAACCAGGAUACACAGUUUCGAGGUUUUCACCGCAAAAACAAACCAACGGAAUCAAAUUCCUAUGGGCGAGAUUAAGAUGGAGGACAUGCCGCUGCCGGCGCUGUUUGACCAAGCAAGAAAGAUCCACGCAACCGCCACUGAGUCUGGUGCUGACCAGGAACUUGUGAAGAAGGGCUGCGAAGCCUUGAAUAAAUGCGAAGACAUGAUCAAUAAACUGGCUUUGUUUUCUGCUAAUGAGACCAAAGAAGAUAUCAGCACCACCGAUCUCAAGUAUAUUCUGGUGCCGUAUUAUCUUGCUGAGUUGACCGAAAAAAUAGCACAGGAUGACAGGAUACAGAUUCUAAAGUCUUCCCAGGAAAAACUGAAGGAAUUUGUCUCAUUUUGUGAGGCAAUGGAGCUGGUCCCAAAAGAGGAGUUAGAAUCUUAUAUGCAAGGGGCACCAAAAUCUGUUGCUGAUCUGAGGGCCAGAAAGAUAGCUAGAUUUAAACGACAAAAAGCUGCAGAAUCAAAGUUGUUGGAAAUAAAAGAGCGAAAGGAGCGGCGUGGGCGUUCUACUAAAGCAUCUGCCUUGUCUACCCCUGUUGAGGCAGGAGAGGAAGAAGUACUGGAUGAUGAUGGGGAAGAAGAAAGAGAGGCUUGGAAUACUACCAUAUCUUUGGCAAUCUGUAAGGCAUUUGAUCUUCUGGAAAUGAUAAAGAAAGAGGAAGAGAUGCUUUCUGCUGUAAAGGAUAGACAAUCCAAGGAUGGGGAUCAGGAGUUUUCUAAGGAUGUUCUGGAUGAACGUGCCAAGAAAGCAGAAGCUUGGCAUCGCGAUGCUGCAGUUCGUGCACGGUAUACUAAGCCAUCUCCACCAAUCACAUGUGCCACUUUUGCUCAAGAUGUUCUAGAAGGAAGGGCAAAAGCGUCACAGGCACAUGAUCACAAACACCAACCACUAAUAUUUGGGCCAGCAAGCCUCGUGAAUGGAAGUUUUACAAAUGAGAGAGAAAGAAUGGCAGCUCAGGUCUUCCAACCCAGUCACAGGAUGCCAACUAUGAGCAUUGAGGAAGCAGGACUUAAAGAAAUGGAAAUUAUGAAUAAAUGGCAAGAGAACAAUGCCAGACUCAUGGAAGAAGCCAAUUCAUCUUGGCACAAUGAUAGGAAGUUCAAGCCAGGUGAAGACGAGGAGGAUGAAGAUGAUGAUGCUGCACAGGAUAGAGCUAGAGCUUUUGAUGAUUGGAAGGAUGAUAAUCCGCGGGGUGCAGGAAAUACGAAGCUUACCCCUUGUGGCUAAUUGAAUCUAUGAUUGUCACGAAAUCUCACUAUUUGUGGAUGAUUUGCUCCUAGUAUGUGUUAAAGAUUGUGUAUACCUAGAUAUUCAUUCGGCUACAUGUGUAUAAUUUUGGAGUUCAAAGUAGGGUUCUUCCUCAUCUCCACCUUGAGGCCGAUCCAAUAGAUGUGGAGGCUUAAAACUUUUAACGAGGGCAAAAGUAAUUUUUUUAAA